AUGUCUGCAAGGAAGCCGGCUCACCGCCAGUUGGCCGCCGUCAAUUUCCCCGGCCCGUCAAGCGCAAGAAAUACGGAGAUGGGUUGCUCCUCUUCGAUUCCCCGACUGCUCUUUCUGUUGCUCUCUCUCACGCUUUCCCCUGCUUAUCUUGUCGACGUAUAUGCUGGGAGCGAAGAUAUUGUUGGCGGCGGGAGUACCCAUUUGUACGGCGAGAUAUUGAAGGAUGAGGCCGUAGCGAGGCUCCGUGAACUUGGAGAGGUCAGCGACGCGAAUGGAUAUCUUGAGAGGACAUUCAUGAGCCCAGCCUCUGUAAGGGCAGCAAAUCUCAUACGUCAAUGGAUGGAGGAUGCCGGUUUGACCACGUGGAUCGACGCGAUGGGGAACGUACAUGGUCGAGUCGAUGGAUCUAUUCGAGGUGCAGAGGCCCUAUUGAUUGGUUCCCAUUUGGAUACCGUCAUUGAUGCAGGAAUAUUUGAUGGGUCACUAGGUAUCAUCUCGGCCAUAUCAGCUUUGAAGGUUUUGAAAGAAACUGCAAGGUUGGAGAAACUAAAACGGCCAGUUGAGAUCAUUGCCUUCAGUGAUGAGGAGGGAGUGAGGUUUCAGUCUACUUUUCUUGGCAGUGCUGCUCUAGCGGGUGUCCUUCCAGCUUCAGCUUUGAACACAACUGACAAAAGCGGUGCAACAUUGCAAGAUGCUCUUAAGAAGAACCGUUUUGCAAUUACAGAAGAAAGCCUACGACAACUCAAGUAUGAUCCGCAGUCUGUCUGGGGUUAUGUUGAGGUCCAUAUUGAACAAGGACCAGUCCUGGAAUGGGUUGGAUUUCCACUUGGUGUUGUGGAGGGCAUAGCUGGGCAGACAAGGCUAAAGAUCACUGUGAGUGGCUCACAGGGACAUGCUGGAACAGUUCCCAUGUCCAUGCGUCAAGACCCCAUGGCUGCUGCUGCCGAACUAAUUCUGCGGAUGGAAACUAUUUGCAAGAAUCCUAAGCAAUUUCUAUCCUAUGACAGUCAGUGCAAUGAUGCAACUGUGGAAUCACUUUCCAAUUCCCUGGUUUGUACUGUUGGCGAGAUUUCCACUUGGCCAAGUGCAAGCAACGUCAUUCCAGGCCAGGUAACUUUCACUGUGGAUUUGCGUGCAAUGGAUGACAUGGGUCGUGAAGCCAUUCUGUAUGAAUUAUCUAAUCAGAUAUAUCAAAUAUGUGACACACGAUCAGUCUCCUGCAAUAUUGAUCGUAAGCAUGAUGCGAAUGCAGUGCUAUGCGAUUCAGAGUUAAGUUCGCAGCUGAAGAUUGCAGCCAAUGCUGCAAUCCAGAGAUUGACAGGCGAGAUCCAAGAUGAAGUUCCUGUCUUGAUGAGUGGUGCUGGGCAUGAUGCAAUGGCUAUGGCUCAUCUAACCAAGGUCGGAAUGCUCUUCGUACGCUGCCGUGGAGGAGUUAGUCACUCACCUGCAGAGCAUGUGCUGGAUGAUGAUGUCUGGGCUGCUGGUUUGGCCAUGCUUGCAUUUCUCGAAACUCAUAUGUAA